UACCCAUUGUGAAUUUUAGCGCUUUAGGGACGACUGUUAACCAACGUGAUAGCAAGCUAUACAUGUUAAUAGUAUCGGCCUUGAAUUCAAUCUAAUAAAGUGCAUAUAAUAGUUUAUAAAAACGAGAUAUAAAGAGAUGAACAGUCGACUGCAAGAGAUCCGCGAACGACAAAAACUGAGGCGGCAGCUUUUAGCUCAACAGUUGGGAGCUGAAAGUGCAGACAGUAUCGGAGCUGUACUGAACAGUAAAGAUGAACUGAAGGAGAUAGAGGAGACAAGAGAAACAUGCAGGGCUUCACUUGAUAGUCUAGUAGCACCUUCCAAAAGGAAGGCACAGACGGAAGGAGAGGAACCUGAGGAAGAUGUGGAAGAACAAAAGGAUGUGGUGGAGGUGCAGCAGCCAGAUGAAAGCAACCCAUAUGAGGAAGUGUACAAGGACUCCAGUACUUUCCUUAAGGGUACCCAGAGUUUGAACCCUCACAAUGACUACUGUCAGCACUUUGUUGACACAGGGCACAGGCCUCAAAACUUCAUUAGAGAUGUUGGCUUGGCUGACAGAUUUGAAGAAUACCCCAAACUGCGAGAGCUAAUCAGACUGAAGGAUGAACUCAUCUCCACCACAAACACCCCUCCCAUGUACCUCCAGGCUGACCCAGAGCACUUUGAUCUGCAGGACUUACAGUGCAAGUUUGAUGUCAUUCUGCUCGAGCCUCCUUUAGAGGAAUACUACAGAGAAUCAGGCAUCAGCCACACUGAACGUUUUUGGAACUGGGAUGACAUUAUGAAACUGGAAAUUGAGGAGAUAUCAGCUCUACGAUCCUUCGUCUUCCUUUGGUGUGGCUCUGGGGAAGGCUUGGACUUGGGUAGAAUGUGUUUGAGGAAGUGGGGCUUUAGGCGUUGUGAGGAUAUCUGUUGGAUAAAGACUAACAAGAACAACCCAGGCAAGACCAAGGCCCUGGACCCAAAAGCAGUAUUCCAGAGGACCAAGGAACACUGCCUCAUGGGAAUCAAAGGAACGGUGCGCAGGAGUACUGAUGGUGACUUUAUCCAUGCCAACGUGGACAUUGACUUGAUCAUUACAGAGGAGCCAGAGAUGGGUAAUGUGGAGAAGCCUGUGGAGAUCUUCCACAUCAUCGAACACUUCUGUUUGGGCCGCAGAAGGUUGCACCUGUUUGGACGGGACUCAACUAUAAGACCAGGCUGGCUGACAGUGGGUCCGACGUUGACGAACAGUAACUUUAACCCAGAAACAUACGCCUCACACUUCGGCUUGCCCAGCUCCCACCUCUCUGGCUGCACCGAGGAAAUAGAGAGAUUGCGGCCUAAAUCUCCCCCCAAUAAGCUUAAGUCAGAUCGUGGUGGUGGAGCACCAAGAGGCGGACGUGGUGGGCCGAAUGCAGGAAGAGGCGGAGACAGGGGCCGGGAAAGAAAUCGGCCAAACUUCCGUGGUGACAGGGGAGGGUUCAGGGGCAGGGGAGGGCCUCACAGGGGUUUCCCUCCUCGCUAGAGAAUGAGCUUUCCCACUGUAUGCUAGGAAUUUCUAUCUGCAUUGUCUACAGUUGGUAUGGUUGUUAAAAAACUGGGCUUUAUGAUCUUCUAUUGUUAAUGGCUGACAUUCCCCAUAAACUACUGAGCCCUCCACCUUUGGAACAUCUGGAUUUAAAUGCUCAUUUUGAUAGACACAACACAGUCCAAGUAUGUUUAGUGUAUGACAGUUGACAUGUUGCGGUUUGUUUUAACCUUUUUUUUUUUUCAUAGUCCUUCUAAAUAAACUAUCUAAAUAAACAUUCUUUCUGCUA